AUGGACUACGACGAUCGGGAACGGCGGCGCGGGAGAAGGGCCCCCGGGGAGGCGCUGCCGGACGACCUGGUCGAGGAGAUCCUCCUCCGCCUGCCGGCGCCGUCGAUCGGGCGGUGCCGCGCCGUGUGCAAGGCCUGGCUCUCCCGCACCUCUCAGCCGGAUUUCCUCCGCGCCCACGCCGCCCGUUCCUGCACGGCCACCGUCACCGCCGCGGCCACCGUGGAAACUAGAACGACGGCUCCCCGCGGAAGGUCGUGCACCACCGUCUGCGUCAGACAGCUUGGCCGCAAAUGCUCGGGGGCGGUGGCUUCCCUCGCCGUGUCGUUCGUCUCGGCGUCGGAGCCGGGGCGAUCCAUGACAGUCGUCAUCGGCUUUUGGGACGGCAUCCUGUGCGCAGCGCACAUACUGUUUGGCCCCGGAAGAGGCGUUGAGCGGUACGUGCUCUGCAACCCACUCACCGAGGCCUGCACCAUCGUGCCGGCUCCGUCGACCGACGGCUUCCUCGUCGGCGGUUACGCCCACCCGACCACGUCGCGCUUCCACAUCAUGCACGCCAACUUCUUCACAACGAUGGAGACCUUUUGGAUCCUGCGGCUCGGGGAGAACAGCGUGUGGCGCGAGGUCCGCCGCCCUGCCCUCGCGACGAUGAGGGUCUGUAUUAAGUUCCUACAUGCUCCGCCUGUCAGACUGCACGGCUGUCUUCACUGGCUGGCCUCGUCGGCCUCAUCGGCACAGUUUCUCGUGGCCGUCUUCAACAUGGAACGGGAGGAAUUCCGGCUGAUGGAGGCCCCCGGGGGGCAAGGAGUGCGCUUCGGCUCGCACUCGCACACGAUGAUGGGAAUGCACAUCACCCAUUGCCACGGCAAGCUGUGCGCCCUCGCCGACGAGCCGGGCGCCAACGCGUUGGGGAUGUGGGUGCUCGACGACUACUCCGACCCAACAAGCUGGCGGCUUCAGCGGAAGAUCGACUACUACUACUCGUGCGGCGCCGGCGGCGCCGGUGCUGCUCUCGACGACGACCCACACGCCGCCGCCGCUCAAACUUUUCGUGCCCGCUUCUCGACAGCCGAUGUGGUGGAGGUUCUGCCCAAUGGUGUCGAUGACGAUGACGAGGGCGAGGAGAUCCUGCUCCAGCUUGGUGACGAGGAGGUCGUGUACAAUGUUGGGCGCGCGGCGUGGCGCAGGUGGGGGAUAUUGCCGCUGACUACACGCCGCCUGAUGAUGCAUAGGCAGUGCAUAUUGCCGCGCGAGGUGAGCUUCGGUGACGCGUCUCAGGUUCCUUGGGAGGACAUCGGCGGCCACUGUUUCUACCGCAUAUACUAG